AAUAAUAAUAACAAUAAUAAUAGGCUAAUCAUGAUUAAAUACAAAUAUUUAAUUUUAGGAUUUUAAAAAGUAUUCAAUAUUUAGCAUUUUUAUAACGCUGUCUUAAAAGAGGAGAGCCAAAUACACAAGAGAAACAGGCAACUGCUGUAGGUGGUGAUGAUAAUAUGAAUAAUAAUACGUUAUUAUUAGCCAAUUAUUAUCAUAAGAAGUAGUAGUAGUAAAUAAAAAUGUACAUUUAACAUCAUAUUUGAACCAAUAAAGUCUUAUUUUAAAUAUUUUUUCCUUUUCUGCGCAUUUAGUGCGCUUAUUUGACGCUCCAAAUGUAUUUACAUUUCUUGUCAUGCGUGUGCGAUGUGAACUGCUGUUUUCACAAGCAAGUUGAAGUUAUGCCUUUCUCUCACGAUCCUUGUAUGAAUAUUUUGAUAUCUUUUAGCUCAUGCAUUCCAAUAUUUUCCAUUAUUAUACGAAUAUCUUCAUUUCCACUUUUACACCUCGUAUUGUUUAGUCGGACGCUUUUGACUAGGCAAAUCGCGCUACACAGUUCUAAUAGGGGCGUUUACUCACAAUACAACACGAUGCCUAAAAAGGACAAAACGAGCAAAAGCUACCCAAAGCAACCGGAGACACCGCCCGGCGGUGAAAUUGCAAUCGUGAUACAUGCCAAACCCGGGGCCAAACAGAAUGCAAUCACAGAUGUCUCAAUGGAGGCGGUGGGUGUCGCCAUUGUCGCACCACAGACAGACGGAGAGGUCAAUGCGGAGCUGGUGCGCUAUUUAUCCAAAGUCCUGCAGCUGAAGAAGAGUGAAAUAUUCUUAGAGAAGGGUUUCAAAUCCAGGGAAAAAUUCAUCCAGGUGGCUGCAGCUGCCAGCCAGGAGGAAAUCCUGGAGAAACCGAGGAGAGAGGCCACUGGAUGAUAUUGAUAUGACUUGUCUAUUUCCUUUGAGCAGAACGAUCCAGGUUACCUUUAACCCAAGAGAAAAAAAAUAAAAUAAAUCAAUGACAUUUUCUUUGUGUCACAGUUUGCAGGUACAAGGUAUCAUAUUCACUCAAAUAUCCAGGUUCAUCAAAUAAAAUGUUAAAUUAU